AUGUCACAAUCUUCUAUAGUAGCAAAACCUCUACGAUCUCUUUAUAUCGCCAACCGUGGUGAAAUCGUUCACCGCAUCUCUCGCACUGCAUCUCGUAUGGGUAUCGAUACAACUACAGUCUACACUACCCCAGAUGCUCAGUUACCUUCUGCAACUUCUGCCUUUACUAAUCUCAGUCUUGGAGAUGCUACCUCCGGAUACAUUGAUAUUGACCGAGUCGUCGCCACUGCCAAAAAUGCUGGAUGUGAUUCAAUCCACCCAGGAUACGGAUUCUUGUCAGAAAAUGCCACUUUUGCUCGCAAAGUCCGUGAAGCUGGACUUAUCUUUGUGGGACCUCCACAAGGCGCCAUUGAAUCCAUGGGUGCCAAGUCAACCUCAAAAGAAAUCAUGAUUGCUGCUAAUGUCCCUGUCGUCCCAGGUUACCAUGGUUCAAACCAAGAUGCUGCCUUUUUACUCGAGCAAGCAAAGGAAAUCGGCUUCCCUGUUCUUAUCAAGGCUAUUCUCGGUGGUGGAGGUAAAGGUAUGCGUAUUGUUCAAUCCGCUGAAGAGUUCCCCGCUGCCUUGGCUUCCGCAAAAUCAGAGGCAAAGUCUUCCUUUGGUGAUGAAAAUGUUCUUGUGGAAAAAUACAUUAGAACCCCACGUCACAUUGAAGUUCAAGUCUUUGCUGAUAAGUACGGAAAUGUUGUGGCCCUAGGUGAGCGUGACUGUUCCGUUCAAAGACGUCACCAAAAGGUUCUUGAAGAAUCUCCAGCCCCUGGUCUUGAUGAAGAUACACGCCAAAAUCUUUGGGAAAAGGCACGGCUAGCUGCACGAGCCGUUGGUUACGAAGGAGCUGGUACCGUUGAGUUUAUCUUUGAUAACGAUUCAGGUGACUUUUACUUUAUGGAAAUGAACACUCGUUUACAAGUCGAACACCCAGUCACUGAAGCAGUAACCAAUACCGAUCUGGUCGAAUGGCAAUUACUUGUUGCUGCAGGAUUCCCCCUACCUAAGACUCAGGAAGAAGUUGAAAUCACUGGUCAUGCAAUUGAAGCUCGUAUUUACUGCGAAGAUGCCUUUAAAGACUUCUUGCCAUCCUCUGGAAAGAUUGUUCACAUGCAAGUCCCUACCACUGGUGAUCCUCGUCUUGACAUUACUUUCAAGCAAAAUUCAACCGUAUCUCCAUUGUACGAUCCUAUGAUUGGCAAGCUUAUUGUGAAUGGCGAAUCACGCGAUGAAGCUCUACGUAAACUACGCCGUGGUCUUCAAGAGUUUGAAAUCGUUGGACCUGUUACCAAUAUUGAAUUUGUUAAGCGUAUUGUUGAACAUGAAGGAUUUGCCGGUGAUGAUCCAUCAGCUUUGGAAACUGGCUUUAUUUCUAAAAAUAAAAAAGUUCUGACUGCUCCAGAACAAGUCCCUGAUGAGGUUUACGCCCAAGCUGCUCUGGCUCAAAUUGCCGGUCGUGCAACUCCUCUUGAUGCAUUUUCACGGUUUUCUGGUGCUUUUAACUCUUGGUCUGUGGCUCAAGUACGUUCCUUUGAGUUUAUUGAUACUCGUGACGAAAAAUCUUUGGUUUCAGUUAAGACAUUGCAAACAGGACCCCACUCAUUCCGCGUGAUUGUUAGUAGUCCACUCGAUACUGAACCCCGUGAACCCCUUGAAGUUAAAAGUGUUUACUUUGCUGACUCCAAUGCUGUUACAUCAGGUCCCUCCCGCAAGCUGCACAUACAAUUUUCCACAGGCCAAUACGUCAACACAGUGGUUGCUGCCCCAGCGCAAUCAACGGGUGGUUCAGUGCAUGUCUUUCACCGCGGAACACAUUACUCUAUUGCCCAACCUUCACCAGCUUGGCUGCAAACAGCACUUGGUGUCAAAGAGACUAAGAAUAGUGUGGUUGCUCCCAUGCCCUGUAAAGUUGUGCGACUGGCACCAGGGACCACAGUUGGCAGCAAGGUUGAGAAGGAUGAUGAGUUACUUGUGAUUGAAAGUAUGAAAAUGGAAACUGUGAUUCGGGCACCACAUGCAGGAAUAGUGAAGCGAGUAGCACAUGAAGCUGGAGAUAUCGUCAAGCAAGGCACACUUCUUGUUGAGUUUGAAGAGGAAGAGUAA